AUGGGUGAUUUUAACACCUGUCUGUUCAAACACGACUCCCGUUCUACUCGACUUCGCUCAAUCGUGGAUUCUAUUAAUCUGAACAUUCUUCCGUCUUCCUCAACACAUCACUUUCCUGACUGCCAGCCAUCUUUGUUGGACUUUGCCAUUGUCUCUUCUACUAGUCAUGUAACUGCUCACGGUCAACUUCCGGCCGAGGCCUUCUCCUAUCAUGACCUUAUUUACCUUUCGUACAGAAUCCGUUGUCCGAAGCCUAAACCACGAGUGGUCAUGCAGCGCAGUUUCAGAAACUUUGAUGAGGAAAGAUUUAUGCUUGACCUUAACGGUAUUAUUGACUGGGACGCUGUACUUAGAGCCCCUACUAUAGAUCAGAAGAUGGAAAUUUUCAACUCGAUACUAAUACAGCUAUAUGAUAUACAUGCUCCACUCCGUCCUGUUCGAUUGAAACAUCUUCCUGCCCCUUGGCUCACUGCAGAAAUUAGGGCAUUGAUGAACAAGCGCAAUCUUGCUAAGGUGCGGUAUAGAAACGAUCCUUCAGAUGAAACCCACCGUAGAUUUAAGGAACUUCGCAACCGCUGUAGCAGGGUGUGCAGGGAUGCGCAGCGCCGUCACAUACAUGCCUCGGUUUCUAAUGGUGAUCCUGCUAAGGGACAUAGCACUGUGUCUGCCUUGACCAAGGUGUCUGACGACAUUCGCGAAGGUAUGUCGUCUCAGCAUCUCACAGUAUUAGUUCUUUUAGACUUCAGCAAUUCCUUCAACACUGUUGACUUCGACAUCCUUUUAGCAAUGUUAAAAUCUAUCCUGGUAUCAGAUUCGGUUGUGGAGUGGUUUCACCACUAUCUCGUUGGGCGAAGGCAAUGUGUACAAGUCGAUAACAAGCAUUCUACCUUCUGUGAUGUUACUGCUGGUGUGCCUCAGGGUGGGGUCCUCUCUCCUCUUCUUUUUUCAAUAUUUAUUAACUCCCUUACUCCCUUGCUUUCUUGUCAGUAUCAUUUGUAUGCUGACGAUCUUCAGAUCUAUUCCCGGUCUCCUGUGCAUGGUUUAGAUAGUUUAAUUGCUGAACUUAAUGACGACCUUGCGACAAUACACAAUUGGAGUCGAACCCAUGGCCUUACAGUCAAUCCCAACAAGUCGCAAGCCAUCGUCAUUGGUGACUCGAAGCAGAUAGCUAAGAUAAAUUACACGUCUGUUCCCUCGCUCGUCUUUGACUCCUUCCCUUUACCUUUCAGCAGUGUUGUCAAAAACCUUGGCGUUCUCUUUGACUCCACCCUGUCUUGGGCGCCACAUAUCGCUGAGGUUAGUAGAAAGGUGUUUGCUGCCUCCGAUUCAUUGCGACGGUGGAAAAAUCUGAUUCCUGUGAAGACCAAGAUUGAACUCGCGCAAUCGCUGCUCCUACCUAUUAUAGAUUAUGCUGAUGUCUGUGUUAUUGACCUCAAUGAGGAUCUAUUAGGCAAGCUCCAACGUCUGCAGAAUCUUUGCAUCAGAUUCCUAUACGGGUUGCGCAAGUUCGAUCAUGUGUUUGAGUAUAGGAGAAGGCUUCAGUGGCAUUCUAUCAAGCAGCGCCGUGAGGAGCACGUUCUCAGUUUCCUUUAUAAUGUACUGUAUGACCCUCGAAGCCCACCUUACCUUAAGGAACGUUUUCGUUUUCUCGGUGAAGAUCACAAUCGCGAACUAAGGUCCAAGGCGGAUAACUUGCUGAAGCCUCCCUUCACCCGGUCAGGAUACUACAUGAACUCCUUUACGAUUAUGGCUGCACAAUUGUGGAACGAACUUCCGUCUGAAAUACGACAUUCAAAGUCGCUUCUUAUUUUUAAAACUGCAUUGCGUAACUAUCUUCUGAAACGUUCCUAG